AUGGCGUCGAGCUCGACCGAAACCACGCCGCUAAUUUCUUCAAUGUCGCACGGCUCGACUGGGCCCCGCCCUGUGGCUCCACGGCCGCAAAGGACUGUCACCUUCAAUCCCACCGUCCAGUCGAGCAGUCCCAAGCAACAGCCACGCGCGGCGCCGCCCUCCGGUCCUCAACCCGUCACAAAUGCACCUGGACAGGGUGGGAAGCCCAUGAUGACUUCGCUCAACAAUAGACUGAGGAGAAGGAAUAGCUCUGGAGCUGCCAUGCUCCCGCACCAUGGCCCGGCACCCAAGAUUGGUCCCCAGAGAACAACGAGGACGGCUCAGAAGCUCAAGCUCCUGCCAGAUCCGGAGCAUGGCGACGAGGACGAUGACGAGGAAAGCGGCCGGGAUGUCUACGUGCAGUAUACUCGCAUAAAGGAUCCCACCGCCAGAAGAGAUGCUGCCCGAUUAGGAAAGGCAGAUCGGGAGCGCCUGCCCAGAGUGACGGCUUACUGCACUGCGGCUUCCUACAAGAUGGACGACCUAAUGCGCUUUCUCAAAGGCAAGGCACGGCUAAGAGGUGCUCAACCGAAGCGCUUCGACGAGUGUAUAUAUUCACCGUACAACUACGGGACCAAGGGGCCGGAGAAGGUUGCGAGUACAAGCGUCGAGGAACAACAUCCGCCUGAGAGACAGCGGAGAUACUCUGACAGCGCCAUUGAGGUCGACGCCGAGAACGAGCGAAGAAGAGAAGUACUAAUAGACCUACAUGACAACGAAGAUGCCCCAUCAAUAGGCCACGGCGAAGGAUCCGACCAUCGGGAACGACCUGCGCCCAUGCACGCAGACUCCGAUCCAUCCAUGGACACCCAAGACUUCGACACUCUAGUACACACUCCUGAAGUCUUCCUGUUCGAAUACGGCACAGUAGUGAUAUGGGGCAUGACGACACAAGAAGAGAAACGCUUUCUCAAGGAGAUAGCUAAAUUCGAAGUCGACAAGCUCGGAAAGGACGAGAUUGAGACAGAGGAAUUCAACUUCUACUACACGCGCGAAUACCAGGCUCGCAUCUACAACGACUUCAUUUCGCUCCGAGACAAGAAGAAUUACAUGAUUAAGCUCGCCAUCAGUCACGGUCUGUCGCAGUCUGUGAAGACCUCGCUGUUCGAGGAUCUCGUUGACAACACCAUCGACGAUACGAAGGACAUACCCGCACAGAUUGCGGUAUCCGGAAAAAUCAAUCUAAACAAGAAGCAGAUCAACAUGCAAAUCGGCGAGUUGUUCAUCCUGAGGAUCAGCAUUCAUUUACAGGGUAGCGUGUUAGACGCACCAGAGCUCAUGUGGGCGGAACCGCAACUAGACCCCGUUUACCAGGCCGUAAGAAGCUAUCUGGAAAUGGACCAGAGAGUCAGCUUGUUGACGGAGAGGCUGAACGUUAUUGGAGACUUAUUGGCGGUGUUGAAGGACCAGCUGACAGUCACGCAUGGCGAGCUUCUCGAGUGGAUCGUUAUCAUCCUCAUCUUUGCUGAAGUUGUGGUUGCGGCCAUCAAUAUCGUUGUGGAUCUGAAUGCUGCAGGCGAUUAA